AUGAGCAAGAUUCCAGAUAACCAGAGUGUGGAAGCCACCUUUAUUCUCUUGGGCUUCUCAGAAAAUCCAGAACUUCAGAUGCCUCUCUUCGUGCUAUUCUUAAUAAUUUACAUAGUAACUGUGGUAGGAAACCUGGGAAUGAUCUUAGUUAUCAGGAUCAAUCCCAAACUCCACAUCCCCAUGUACUAUUUCCUCAGUCACUUAUCUUUUGUUGAUUUCUGUUAUUCAACAGUUGUUACCCCAAAACUAUUAGAGAAUUUGGUUGUCGAAGACAGGACUAUCAAACUGGCAGAAUGCGUAUCUCAAUUCUUCUUUCAAUGUUCCCUUGUGGUGACAGAAACAUUUAUGUUGGCUGUGAUGGCCUAUGAUAGAUUUGUGGCUGUUUGUAACCCCCUACAAUACACAGUUGUGAUGUCCCCAAAGCUUUCUGCCUUAUUGGUGAGUGCUACAUACUGUUGGGGGUUGAUUUGUUCCAUCACUCUUACUUACUUUCUAUUGGAAGCAUCUUACAGAGGAAAAAAUAUCAUUAACAAUUUUGUCUGUGAACACUCUGCUAUUGCCUCUCUUUCUUAUUCUGACCCCUACAUCAGCCAGAAGCUUCUUUUUAUCCUGGCUACCUUCAAUGAAGUAAGCACGCUGGUCGUCAUUCUUACUUCUUAUGCUUUCAUUUUUGUCACAGUCAUGAAGAUGCCUUCAAAGGGGGGCAGGCAGAAAGCUUUUUCGACCUGUGCCUCCCAUCUUACUGCUAUUAGCAUCUUUCAUGGGGCCAUCCUCUUUCUCUACUGUGUUCCUAAUUCCAAAAAUACAGGGCUCAUGGUCAAGGUGGGCUCUGUCUUUUACACCGUGGUCAUCCCCAUGCUGAACCCACUGAUCUACAGCCUCAGGAACAAAGAUGUGAAAGAAACUGUCAGGAAAUUAUUUCAUACUAAAUAA